AUGUCAAUUAUGAUUGCAUCAGUGAGAGUUGCAGGAGUUACUUGGGGUCGUUGCGAGUCCCAAGAACCGAUUAAUCGAUUUGAGGAGGGAUCCCGUUUCCAUGGCAUGGGGGGAACCCAUGCCCCACGCGAGAAAACCGCCGCGCCUGAAAGCUUGUCAACGCCUGCCGCGACUGUACUCUAUGUAGCUGCAUGUAAUCUACGGCUGAUACAGUGGAUCAGCCUAAAACCAUAUCGACCGUCUUUGUCACCGUUCGGUCAACAACAUCACAACCGUCACCUACUGUGUACUGUCCAGGACGGUGUUCUGGCCGAACUAGCGCCCAAUAUCUUUCACUACGCCAGACAGAUCACCCCUGGGCGAUGCGUGAAUGGUGAGGUUAAUAUUACCAGUGAAUGGUACAGGUGUCCCAAUUACUUGUUAUAG